UUUUUCGUGUACGUACACCCAAUACAUGCGCACGUAGAUAACUCUAUGGAUAAAGACACUUCAAGGAUGUUUACCAACAACAAAAUGUUGGAUGAAGUUCGUCUGCUGAACGCCCGCAACGAUAAACUGCUCAAGGAUUUUGGCAUCGACCUGAACAACCUGAACGAUGCCGCCUGCGAAGCUCUGGCCGAUUACGCCAAAAUCAAACAGCUCACGGGCCUAACCGAGCUGGAACCGUCCUUUGUGGACGACUACUGCUACCAGGAGCAGUCCAAAGCGCUGGAAGCCCGCCUGCAGACCAUCACGCUGAAGGCACAACUCAAACGGCUCCGGGCCGAGAUCAAAGCCGAAGAGACGGAUUUGGCCAAACUGGAGCACUUUGUGACGGAAAGCCAGGCCCAACUGAUUAGCAGCGACGAGAUGGAGAAGUUGCGCGUCACGCGAGAAAAGUGGAUCGAAAUGCUGCGGAGUAAGCAGCGAACAUUGAUGGAAAAGGCAGAUGUACUGAACUUGGACGAUUUAAUAGCAAAAGUAAACGCUAUUGAAGCAGAAGAAAAUGCCUAGAUACGUUUAUUAAUUAAUUUAACCUAAGUAGACCACAAUAAAAAAUACAAACUGUUAAUAAUAAAAAA